CAUUGUAAGAUUUGGAAAGGUUUUCAAUACAAUAUGAAGUAUGAAGAUCCCGGCAAAGCUGAAGUUUCUUCUGCUACUCAUUGCAGUUAUCAAUUAAAGACUCCAUACUUUGCUGAAGUGACACCAUUGAAAAUGGUUUUAACCUCCAAAUUGAUAUGCUCAAUUUGCUAAUAUUUAUUCUUGAAUCGAAGAAGUUGUCUACAAUAAAUAAUUAACAGGAUCGCAAGAUCAAAAGAACGUAAUAAUGCAGAACGUCCUAAAGUCAACAAAUCGAAGCAUGUUUCGAUCUCAUGUAAAUAUGUUGAAUUGUUUACAUCGACAUAUGACGAAAAAUAAUGCAAACUUGCAGCGAUGUCUGAAUAGCAACCAAAUCUCACAAUUGUUCAGAUCAAUGACUCACAAUACUAUUCGUCAAAUGAAAAGAGAGUACAGAGCUGUACAUGCGAUGCUGGUUCGCAGUGGUUUGUCCGAUACAUCCAGCAUAUGUCAACUUAAUCAUUGUAGGGCCCUGAGUACAUCCUGUGUAAGAUCAAUUCAAAGUAAUCCUGCCAAUCCCAGUAAUCCUAAUGAUCCCAAAAACCCUGCAUCUAAUGAAAAUAAAGAUCAAAACAAGAAAAAUAAUGAAAAGAAAGCAAGAGAGAUGAUGUUAAAAUUGGCUGCGUGGGCAAUGUUUUGCUACAUGAGCACAAUUUGGUUACUAUACUUUUUCACGGGAAAAACUACUGAAGAAGAAGAAUCACCCAGAUUUGUUUCAUGGAAUGAGUUUGUUCAUCAAAUGCUAGCCAAAGGAGAAGUAAAACAACUUAUUGUGAGACCAGAGUUAGACAUGGUAACUAUUAUACUUCAUGACGGUGCUGUUAUUAAAGGUAAAAAAAGCACAUUCAAAACUUACCACAUGGUUACACCAAACGCAGCAAAAAUUGAGGAAAGAGUACGAGAGGCUGAACAACAAUUGGGUAUCAAACCAGAAAUGGGAAUCCCUGUCAUUUAUGAUAGAGGAAAUACUGCUGCUGUACAUUUAGCGGUAACAGUUGCACUAACCAUAUUAUUCUUCGCUUUGAUGUCUCGAUUUUCCUCAAUGCGCGGUCAGUUCGGCGCUAAUAUGUUUACUCAAAUGACACGCGCAAAGUUUACCUUAGUAGAUCCUUUGACGGGUAUUGGCAAAGGAGUCCGAUUUGCCGAUGUGGCUGGAUUACAGGAAGCCAAGACUGAAAUAAUGGAGUUUGUAGAUUAUCUAAAAAGUCCUGACCGUUACAAGACUCUGGGAGCCAAAGUUCCAAGAGGUGCCUUACUUCUGGGUCCACCUGGAUGUGGAAAAACUCUUCUAGCUAAAGCAGUUGCAACGGAAGCGAACGUUCCAUUUCUAUCAAUGAACGGCUCCGAAUUCAUUGAAAUGAUCGGAGGUCUUGGGGCGGCUCGCGUUCGAGAUUUGUUCAAAGAAGGAAAGAAGCGUGCGCCGAGUAUAAUAUACAUCGAUGAAAUCGAUGCUAUCGGUAAGAAACGUUCAGAAUCAGCUGACAGAGGUGCAGGUCAAUCAACCGACGAAGGCGAACAAACGUUGAAUCAGCUAUUGACCGAAAUGGACGGUAUGAGCUCGAACCAAGAAGUUAUUGUUUUGGCUUCGACUAACAGGGCUGAGGUCUUGGACAAAGCUCUCUUGCGACCGGGUAGAUUCGACAGACACAUCCUUAUCGAUUUACCAACGUUGAUCGAGAGAAGGCAAAUUUUCGAACAGCAUCUUAAGGGAAUUGCCUUGGAGCACAAGCCGUCAACGUAUUCAAAUAGAUUAGCUUUCUUGACUCCAGGAUUCAGUGGAGCCGACAUAGCAAACGCCUGCAACGAGGCAGCUCUUCACGCAGCGCGUCUCAAAAAAAACAUGGUAACCGGUGACGAUCUUCUGUAUGCUGUAGAUCGUGUGGUAGCUGGUAUCGAAAAACGCGACAACACGAUCGCACCAUCAGAAAAACGAGUCGUUGCGUAUCACGAGGCUGGUCACGCACUGGUCGGUUGGCUGCUCGAACACACCGAUGCGCUGCUGAAGGUGACGAUCGUCCCCCGGACAAAUCGUGCUCUCGGCUUCUCCCAGUUUACGUCUUCCGAUCAAAAGCUUUACACCAGCGAACAACUCUUCGAGAGGAUGUGCAUGACUCUCGGCGGCAGAGUCGCCGAGAGUUUGACGUUCAAUAAAAUUACUACUGGAGCGCAAAAUGACUUGGAAAAGGUGACGAAGAUUGCCUACGCCCAAGUGCAGCAGUACGGUAUGGACCAGAUUGUUGGGCCGCUAUCUUUCCAUCCUGAGCAGACCGAUACUAAUACUCGUAAACCCUACAGCAAGAAGUUGGCAAAUUUGAUGGACCAGGAAGCAAGGACGAUCAUCACUCAAGCAUAUAAAAGAACUGAACAGUUGUUACUCGAAAACCAGGAUAAAUUAAAACUGCUUGCUGAAGGUUUGUUACAGAAAGAAACACUUACCUAUGAAGAAGUUGAAAAGCUCAUCGGCCCACCGCCGUUCGGUAAAAAGAACUUGGUCGAGCCAGCAGAUUUCGAAAAUUCGGUACCAGUACCCGAACCGCCGGAAUCAGAAUCGCCUCCUCCUCAGCCUGCUCCUGUAUAAUUAUUGAUAAUAAUCUGUUAUUGUAAUACCUUCAACAAGCGUACAUUCAUUUCUUGUCAGUGGCAUCGACAUUUUGUAACAUAUACCAGGAGAGUGCAUAGAGCUUUUGUAAUAUAGAGUGUUUUAAAUAUAAAUAAAUUAAUGCCAAUUAAUUCGAAAAA